AUGAAGCUGCUGAGCUUCUUCUCCUUCUAUUUUUUCGCCCCGAUUUGGGCCGCGUGCAAUAUCGGACCGUGUCAAGUACAGUACUAUCAGCAGCCCGUGGCUGUUCAUCCGCCAACUCAAAUCUAUCAGCAACCACAGCCACAGCCACAACUUCAACUACAGUAUGCUACAGUAACGCCACCCACCACGCAAGUACAGUACUAUUAUCCUGGAGCGUAUUUGAAUGCGUAUCCGGUGGCGCCAAAAACUACCGUACUCACGACGCAGGUGGAUAAGGAUGUGAAUGUUUUGCCGGCGAAAAUGGUGAGUUUUUGAGCGGGGGUACUGUACAAUUUGGGUUACUGUAUCUAAGCAAUUGAAUAGAGUACGUAGACUAGAUUAUUUUCUGGGAGUACUGUAGCUGAAAAAACCUGGGUUACUGUAAUUCAGCUCGCCUAGAGUACUGUAGUUUCAUCAUUACACUGUGUUUUAUAAAUGAAUUAACCAGAUUACUGUAGUUUUGACCAUAUUACUGUAGUUUUGAAAUAUUGAUUUUCUGAAGAUUCUGAGAUUAUUGGUAAAUUGUGAGCUACAGUAAUCCCAAGUUAAAAUUUACAGUAACCCGUGUGUCUAUCUACAGUAUUGAAUAGCCUCUAAACUGCUUCUAAUUGUAAGAUCUAGAAUUCUACAGUAACCCAUACUACAGUAACCCUGAGAACUUCAGACUACAGUAGGCUUAACUACAGUACCAUGGAAAAUCAAAAUUUUGAACAAAAUCAAGAAGUUAUGAUAUUUUCUACAGUAACCCAUAACUUUAUCUACAGUAAUGAACGAUUUCUUAACUGUUCUCAUAAUUCAGAACAGUAGUUCAGAACAAGAUUCAGAACAGUAGUUUCUGAACUGUUCUCAAGAUUCAGAUCUCUACUGUAGUAAUGUCUACCGUACUAUUCAAGCUCAGCUACAGUACCUCUCCUUCUACAGUAACCCAAUCUUGAAUUACAGACCUACGACGAUUUCGAAAAAGAGUUGGACAAACUCCAAAAAUCCACCACCACCACAAUCAUCAAAACCGAAGAGGAUCCCUUCACCAACGACACAAACAUCGGAGAUCUGAAGGCGAGUCUGGCAAUUCUCAAUGAGACCACACCGACUCCCAGCACCCAAAAAACGAUAACCUAUAUUCGAGAGGGUCCGAUGCCUCUUCCCUAUCGGCCAGUUCUACCAACUCAAACCCAAACCCAGCAACAAUUUGUGAUCCCACAGGGAUGUCUGCCAGUGGCUCAGCAAUACCUUCGACAAUACUACAUUCCUCAGCAGACCUACGUCACCGCUCCCCAACCCCAACCCCGCCCACAACUUUCGAUAACUCCGCCACCAAUCAAUGAUUGUUGUGGAAAGUGUGGUGCGGCUUGCAAAUACCGGACCAAAAAGAGUUCGGUGAUGGCGUUGGCGUCGAAGAUCUUUGAUGCUGCCCAGUGGAUGCCGCGGAGAGAUGAGGAUAGUGAGGAUGAGCCGAAGGAUCCGAAGUGUAAUAGUGAGAAGUUGAGGGAUAUUAUGAUGAGGGUGAGUGGGGACAUUGAUGGAAAUCUGAAUCUGAAUUUGAUCUUGAAGUCAAGCUUAGCUGAAUUUCUAGAACUUUUAGAUGUUUCAAAAUUCAAAUUCCGGAUCCGGAGAAUUAUUGAACCCAGAUUCUAUUCUGAUGUUGAAGUCUUGAAUUCUGAAGUUAAUUGUAAGCUUCGGAGACUCAUUCUCAAGCUCUUCUAGAACUCUGAUGUUUUGAAAAUUUGAACUCCUGAUGUUGAAGUCCUGAAUUCUUGAAAUCCAGAAUCCAGAAUCUAAUCUUGAACUCUUUCAGCAGCUUUUGAGUAUUCUCAAUUCUCUAGAUCUGAACCUUGAAGUUGUAGAUCUACACCUUCAGAUUUAUCUAAAUCAGAUCAAGUUAACCUGAAAGUUGAAAAGCUGCGAUUCCCACUAAACCUUCCUAUUGCUAGAAAAAAAAAUUAGUUCCAGCAAGGAUUCGAACCCCUGGCCUUCUGACCGAAAAUAUAUUAACUUAUCCACUCGACCACGGCGUCUCUUAAAAUACUCUAGACGUCUAGCUUCCUCUCGUAGCCUAACUUCUCUCCGUCUCUAAAACUACUCUAGAUCUCUAACUUCCUCUCGUCGUCUAGGUGUCCCUGCGUCUCUAAAAAAUACUCUAGAUGUCUGCCUCCCUCUCGUCGUCUAGCAGCCUAUGAAAUUUUUUCUAGAUGUCUAGCUUCUUCUCGUAGCCUAACCUCUCUCCGUCCUUAAAACUACUCUAGAUCUCUAGCUUCCUCUCGUUGUCUAGAUGUCCUUGCGUCUCUAAAAACUACUCUAGAUCUCUAGCUUCCUCUCUGCGUCUCUAACUCUCUCAAUUUCCAGCACAUCACCCGAACCGUCUCCUUAUCCAAACGCCUCAUCCAGAAAAAUGCUGAAAGCGAACUCGGAGGUAAGUCUAAGCCUAGACUAGAGUCUAGUCUAGAUCUAGGUCCAGGCCCAACAUCAGACCAAUCUUCCAGGCCUCUUCUCCGUCUUCUGCUCCACCGACGAUUUCAGCUACGUGGCUAGAAGUGACACAUUUUGCCAAUUGCAGAAGAAUGAAAUACUGUGCUACGCUUUCAAACAUCAAUGA